GGCGUUUUGCCUAGUGAUGAUUUUGAUCAGGACCUCGAUAGGCAACAAAGAUAGCGCUAUUUCUCAUUUUUUUCGUUUGGAACAAAGCGCAGCGGGUGACAUUCAAAGCAACAAGUUACCUGGUGGAAGGUGGAAGAGUAGCUGCAUGGUGACUUGCUAUGAAUAAAGCGUUAGAACCUAGUCCUAAUCUAGCGAUCUCCCAGCUCUGUCCCAGCUCGCAGCGUGAUUUGAAGAAUAUAGGGUUUCACUGGGACCUCAGUGACCAUACUCGUGAGAUCCUCGAUACUAGGCCUGGGGCAAAACCGGGAGCAAAACGAACGGCGAAUGUUUUCCACUGGCAAGCGGCUGCACGGGCCGAGUCAAAGUCAAUAACGGACUGGAUUAAGAAGAAUGGAUCGCAUGCUGUGAUUAAGACCAUCCAACACAAGACAUUUGUGUUCCUUCACCUCUGGCAAAUACAUUAUGUAGCUUACACUCGUCAUUGAUUUUUUUUUUCAGAACAUUUAUGGAAACAGUCUACAGUGUUCUGUGGACGACGUAACCAAACAGAGCCUAGCACCUAUUGACGAAAAUAAGUGCUACUGUUUAGCUGGAGAGUGACCGCUCUACAGCGAAGCAAAUAUUUCGC